UCAAGAGGGUGGCCCGACGGGCACCUCUGACGACGCGCUCUCUGAUGCGCCAGCACCACUGCUGCUCGCCUCGGUGGAUGGCUGCUGAGCCUCCUCCGUCGCGCCACCCGUCACCUCCCUCGAUGCCGUCUUGACAUCGGCCUUCUCGGCCUCUGAGCCGCCCUUGUCGGGUGUGUCGGCAAUCUCAGGCCCACCACACGAUGAACAAGACCUGAGAGGCAGAAGCACACACAGCACAGGGAGAAAUCUCGUGCUGUUCGUGUGUCUUCGUGACUGCCUUGGCGUACCUGACGAGCGUCUGAGCAAGACGCGACACCCAGGAGCGACUGGACAGUCGCCAGCAAAUGCUUGGAGGCGGCUGAAUUCUCUGCUUGUCUGCAUAACUGUAACCCAU